AUGCCGGCAUAUCAGGACGGAAGUAUCGCCACUCUGCCCAUCCCUGUGCAGCGAAAUGUGCGGCACACGUUAGCCUUGAACCCAUGGUUCAGCGUCCGCUGGCUGGGAGACGCCGAGUGCGAACGAUACUUGUUGGAACAUUACAACCACACAGAGCUGCCAGACCGCUUCACGAACGAGAAGAGGGGCAGCUACCGAAGUGACGUCUGCCGCGCCGCGGUGCUGGCCCGCGAGGGCGGCUUCUACACGGACCUGGACGUGGAGAUGAAGUGGCCCUUCGAAGAUUUGGCCGGCGAGGCCACAACCUUCUUGGCUAGCUUCUCCGAGGACGGCAGCGUCCUCAAUGCAAUGAUGGGCACGGUGGCAAACAGCUCCUUCAUGCAGGAGAUGUUGAAGCAGCUUGCGGCGUGGUACAGGGGCGAGCCUGUGGCAGAACGCUUUGGGACGACCUCAGAGUGGAUGGGACCCGUGACUGCGCUGGCUGCCUUGAAGGCAGUGACUGCCCGCGACUGCCCCAAGCAGGAGCUUCAGUUGGAGGAGGGGGCUCAGUUCACCUGCGGUCCGCACGUGGUUCGCAUGUUCCAGGAGCGGGCCCUGCCGUGUUGGUUACCAGAGGAUCCAGACUGCCCUCCUCUGCGAUAUAACAACUACUUCGACGGCGUGCGAUAUGGCAUCUACGUUCCGUCGGGUCCUCUGGUGGCUUGGCCCCGCUUCGCAAACUGCACGGACUGGGGCUGCUUGCUUGAGGAAUUGUGCAGGGCUGCCUAUUUUGGGCUUCUCAUGUCUCAGCCCAGCGACUAA